ACUUCCGUCGCCAUGGAAACGCACAUUGGCGAACAACAAAUCUGAAGACUGGCGCAGUUUCACUGAUCUCUAGCACACAUGGAUCGUCUCCGAAACGGCCACGUCCCCGUCAACCUUGUACAGAUCUGUGCGUCCUACUCUCGUGUUAUGUUUCACUGGUCGGAAGGGCCAUAGUCAGAACAGUCUCUCAUAGAUAACCUGUGUUCGAAUCAGUCAGUCUAUGUUUCCAUCAUGGUUGUUUCAGUUGAAGAGGUUUCUUCGUCGCUUGUACGGGAAUAUCUGAGUCGAAAGGGGCUCAAGAGGACAAUUGCCUGCAUGGAUGAGGAGCAUCCACGCACAGAGGCCAGUAUCAACAACAGGUCCCACCUGAGGCAGAUUCUCAACAUCGAGAGUCUCUAUAGAAAGAAUAAGGCUCAGAACUCCCCCCUGAAAACAUUACUGGAGAUUAUUGUAAAGCAUCACAUUGCGGGCCCUAAGAGUGACAAGAUCAGUAGCAGUGACAGUGAUCCUCUGCCCUCUGCUCCAGCUGUCAGCUCGACUACUUCUCCUGCAGUAACACAAACAGUGAUGACUGACACUAAGACAGAGGAUAGAAGAGCAGCCUUUGUUGUUAGCAAACACAUCAAAUCAAGGUCUGAUAUAGAAGAAACCUGCCCUUCUCAACCUACCUAUACCUCAUUAUUGCCUGAAACAGACAGUCUGUCCAGCCAUAAUCAAACAGGUUUCUGGACCUGUGACUCAGAGGACCACAAAAGCCAUCCACUGCUGGCUCCUGUCCAGGCCAAUGAGAGCUUCAUGAGAAGAGAACCAGAAAAAAAGACUCCCAUCACUGAGAGUACCCACAGGAGCAGAACUAAUCGAAUUAGACGUGGCAUGAUGGCUGGACCAAUAGCUAGUACACCUCAGGAGUCGAACAAAAAAAGACAGAGUCGGAGGGCAGAAUUUCCCCAGCCAGUACUCAGAAAGCAGGAAGAAUACAGGCAUUCUAGGGAUGGACUUGUAGUGACUGGCUCACAUCUAAAAAACUUAGAAAGUGGCAUAACUGAAAUCAGCCCAGCUGACUGCGGGAGACGGGAGUUGCAAAGUACAACAGAGAGAGUGCAGAGUGAAAACAGCUUUGAAAAAGCAGGACAAGACAUACUGAAGACAAGAAAAGUAAAGACCAGGCCAAAUGUGGCUGCCUUGGAUGUCUCUGAGAUGGUUUUAGAUGACAUUGAUGAUGAUGAUGACGAUCUGCGAGAUCUGUCCAACGUUUCCUUUCAGAGAACCAUCGCAGAGCACAGCUAUGCGGGUCACCCGAUGGACGAGCGCACUGCCACGGAAUUGAAAGCGGUUCUUCUCGGCUCCAGCCUAAAUUGUUUCAGUGUUGAGUGGAGGAAUCAAGGCUUCGCAUUCUCAGAAACGCAUGAUCUGAGAUAUGGAAUUGUGCAGAAAAAGGGGGGUCCAUGUGGAGUUCUGGCAUCCAUCCAAGCAUUUGUUCUAAAGAAACUGCUGUUUGAGAAGAUCGAAAGCAGUAGUGCAGGCCUCCAGAGGUUAAGACCUUCCAGCAACACCAGAAGAAAUUGUCUUGUUUUAGCUGCGGCUGAAAUCCUGUGGAGGGCCGGUGAAGAAAAACAAGCCACAGUUGCAAUAAGUUCAGGAAGAAAUCAUUUCACCCCAACAGGACACUACAAAGCUGAAGGAGUGCUUGAAAAGAUAACAUGUUUCACUGUGGAUAGCAUCAAGGAUCUGCAGUUGCUUCUUGAGCAGCAUAUUGAGCAGUUUGAGACCGGGGCGUUGGGGUGCAUACUGCUGACCAUAUCUGCCGUUCUCUCUCGAUCUAUUGAAAAAGUAAGAGAGGAUAUGGACAUGCCCACCAACACGCUCAUUGGAGCCCAUGGUUACUGCACUCAGGAGCUGGUCAACUUGUUGCUCUGUGGCAGAGCAGCUUCUAAUGUCUUCGACAACGACAUGGAGUUAGACUCAGGCAAUGGCAAUGUGACUCUACUCAAGGGAAUCAAAAGCCAAUGUGAAGUCGGCCUUCUGUCCUUGUUCGAACAUUAUGACAUCUGUCAGGUAGGAGCCAACUUGAAGACUCCCAAUUACCCCAUCUGGGUGGUGUGUAGUGAGAGUCACUUCAGUGUGCUGUUUGGCCUGCAGAGGGAGCUGUUGACCAAUCCGGACAAAGGUCUAGAGUUUGACCUCUACUAUUAUGAUGGCCUGGCCAAUCAGCAGGAGGAGAUCCGCCUCACAGUCUCUGUUGGUAAAAAGGCUAUGAGCUGCCAAGAUGUUGACGCCGAUCUCAUUCCACCACUGGAGCACUGUAUCCGAACAAGGUGGAAAGACGCAUUUAUCAAUUGGAAUGACACAGAGCCUAUUCUCUGACUGAUCACAUGGUUUGAUGUUAUAGUAUUUUAAUCAUGGUCAGGGCCAUUGACAUUUUUUCACCAUCAAUAUAGAUAUUUUUACAUACGGUUUACGAUAUUUUCUUCAUACUAUAUUAUGAUCUCUUCAUAUAUGUCUGUAUAUUUAAGCGUAACCAUUGUUUUCUCUUUCAAGUGAAGCACAGUGAGACAAAUUUGACUUUGUUAUGCUUUUUUGUUUGCUGGCCUAGAUGUUACAUAUCACACGAUGUGUGUGCAGCUGGAGGGGACAGGACAGGACGGAAUAUGACAUAUGUUAGCCAUAAAGUCUCAUGCUGUUGCCUACAACACUUUAGAGACUACAAUAACUUUGUUUUUUGAAAAGUUUAGCAAUAAUGUGUGAACGUGAAUAGGUUUGGAUGGAAAUUCUUAUAUGUUGCCUGUGAAAUGUAAAUUGGUGCAAGAUACAGUAUCGACCAUGGUGGCCUUUUAAUCUCUACCUGUACUUUUAGCAUACAGAUAUCACAGAUUGGUGUCCAUAUUUUUCAUUGAAAUUAUGUGAUUUCUCUGUCUAUUGCCUAUUAUAAAUGAAUAUGUGAUAUUUUAAUUAUAAAAAACCAUUGGAAAAAUAUAAGUAAUAAUACUGUAUUUUCACAUCAUGUCUUAACAAAUUUCACGUGCUAAUUAUAAUCUUGAUUUACAGUUUGGUUUUGAAAUGGCCAAACAUCAAAUUACCUUUGAUUACAUGUGCACACUUGAAAUUAGGUAAUCUGUUAGGUUGUGUUGUGUUUGUUUUCAUUGUUCCAAUUAAAAUUCAGAGGUGUUUUAUGAAGAUAACAUUACAUAAAUACUGAUUUGUGUGUGUGUGCGCGCGUGUGCGCAGACCUGAUAGACCCUAACUGCCUUGAUUAAUUUUCACUUUUGACAAACCUCUCAUCUGGAACAGAGAAUAAAAGAACUCAAUACCUCAA